AUGCCAGCCCAGCCUGCCGCCCCCGCGGCGGCACCGACACCACCCAAACCCCAGAACCCAGCCCUCCGCAUGAUGGGCCUGCCCAACCUUCCUCGGAAGCUGCCCUCACGCAACUGGAUGAUCUUCUGGGGCAUCACAGGCGCAUUUGCCUCCUUCAUCAUCUACGACAAGCGCGAGAAGAAGAGGGCCACCGCCAAAUGGCGUCGCCUUGUGGCACCCAUGGCGAAUGAGCCCAUUGGCGCCGCGAACCAGCUUCCCCGGAAACUCACCAUCUACCUCGAGGCCCCGCCAGGCGACUCGCUGCGCACGGCGCAGGACCACUUCAUUGAGUAUGCUAAGCCCGUGCUGGCGGCCAGUGGUCUCGAUUGGGAGUUUGUUCAGGGCAGGCAGCAGGGAGACGUGAGGGCCGCCGUGGCAGAGAAGAUCCGUCGUCUGAGGCGGAAGACGGAGCAGCCCACCGAGGACAUGCCGCCUACAGAGGAAGACAACCUAGAAGUACUGAGGAAGAGGAUGAACCUGCCCGAAUACCAGGGCGUCAAGGGUGACAUUGUCAUGGGACGGCAUACUUGGAAGGAAUACGUCCGCGGGCUACACGAGGGCUGGCUAGGCUCGCUACAAGCGCCGCCGCAGCCUGUCAUCGAGCCUAAGCCCCAGACAGGCGAGGACGGCGAGAAGAAGGAGGCGGCGGAAGAGGAGGAGGAGAAGAAGCCUGAUCGCCCCCCUCAGCCUCUCCCUCACAACAAGCCCGAAGACUACGCUCUUGCGUCGCUACCACCUACCAUCCCCGAGGAGUUUGCGCCCUCGGCACCUCUGCCGCAUCCUCAUCGCCUUGGUUUCCGACACACAUUUGUUCGUCUAGGACGUUUUCUGAACCGCCGCAAGCUUGCCGACGACAUUGGUCGUGACGUCGCUGCCGUAUGCUUCGCCACGUCGCGGGACUGGAAGCCCCAAGAGGGCGACGAGAUGGAACAGCAGCUUGUUCUCAAGAGUGGUGAGAGGGACUGGCCCAAGUUCGUCUGGCAGGACGAGCCCAGCAAGGACGAGGAGGAGAACAGCACGCCCAAGCCCCCCAAGGAGAAGAUCUGGGCGUCGCCUCUGACCGUGGACCCUCGCAUCACCAGCCGCAUGCGCCGGUUCGAGAUCACGCCUGAGCUGGAGGCUAGGGCUGCACAGAUCAAGGUGCCCGAGGAGGAGAUUGAAGGCUGGAUCAAGGGCACCUUGAGGGGCGUGUGGCGAUGGGGCGCCAGCUCCUUCGAGUCCAAGCCGAAAGGACCCAACGUUGGAAACCUGGACGACUAA